AUGCUCAGGAAUCCCGUUCUCCGCUGUAGCGCGAGGACUCGAUUGUCCUCUUCUCUCCGCUGCAGCUCAAAUGUUUACCGUCAACAUUUACUCCCACAUUCCCGCUCCAUAUUCAGCUUCCUCCGCCGCUCAAAGUCUCAGGAAAAGCCAAAGGACCCCGUUCCUAUCCUCACCGAAGACAACCUUUUCCACCCGUUUUCCAAAUCACCGUUCCCAGCAAUCCAGGCAAGGGGCGAAGCGAUAAAGAAGCUUGCGCCAUGUCCUGUAUGUUCUUCCGGAGGCCACCAUGUCCACGAGGACGUCCCAGCGAGGAAUCUCUCCAAGCCGGUGUCCUUCGAAUGUCCGGAUUGCGGUUGGCCCACUCACUGCUCGGAGGAACAUUGGAAGGAGGACAAGGAGCAUCAAAAGUACUGCACCAGGCUUAGGGAGGCGAACGAAGAUGAACACGACUUGAGAAGUGGGAGGAGGUUGCGCGAGUUCGAAUUGCCGGGUGAACAGGGCUUUGAAGAAGCAAUUUCUUUCGCCAACUGGGACAUCUUUUGGUACACUCGAAACUUCCCAUCCAUGGACACCGAACGCUCCCGCAGACACGCUAGUAAACUCUUGACAUAUCCCAUCACUAUCGGCGGCGCUCUUCACCAGCACAGCAACCUCACCUUGAGCAACCAGCGUCUGACACCAGAGGGAAGUCGUUCGUUGGCAGCUCUUCGAAGUGUGCUGCAUCCUCCAACAGGUGCUCCCGAGACAUCUGAGGCCACUGUCGGCAAGCCCCAAGUUCGAAUAUUCAUAUUGGGUGCACGAGCAGAGUCGUCCCUCCCCCCUCAUGUGUGGGAGCAACUGACUAUGCUUUUCCCUUCCACUCAUUUCCACCUUUUCUUCAUCGGUCCCCAAGUCUCCCUUCCUAAACCACCGAGCUCCCCUACUGCAACAUCUGGUACCUCCCCGACCAAGGAGGAUGCUCCUGCUGCAACUGAGUCGCCUGAGGAGAAGGCUGUGGAAAACGAAGAGAAGAAAUCAUACGUCCCCAACGUCUACCAACCCCCGACUCCUCCACCCAUCCCUCGUCUGAAGCGCACGCGUUCGUCUCUUGAACGCUACGGCAUCCCGUCUUACACCGUCCCCUACACCCACCAGCUCACUAUCACCGGUAUGCAAGCCAACUAUGCCGACGUUCACGCUCAAUUCCAACACACGCUUGACCCCUACUCUGACGUCUUUUUCUUCUUCUCACCCGGUUUCGGUUUCCCAUCGCCUGACUCGGUCGACGAGAACGGUGAACCCUUGCUUCAAAUUGCUUCGCCCACCGAAUGGGGCCCGGUCCUCCCGAUGCUGCUUGCGACCAAGUGCACGCUCUUUGUCACUGGAUUCUCCCCUACGGAUGUGGAACGAGACGUCCGCUCUCUCUCCAAGGCACCUGAAGUCGCGGGCGAGUUCGAGUGGGUCGUCACACCCGGCCCCAACGCUUUCGGUAGUGAAAAGUGGGAGAUUGCUGACUUUGACCCGCGUGUUAUGGUCAAGACCAACUGGGGUAUUUGGGCCAUCCGAGGUAAAAGUAGGGACAUCCAGGAGAAAGGUGCCUUUGAUUGGCUCAAGUUCUCCCGUAACUAA